GGAGCUAUACUCCAAAAACUUGUGAUUUCAAAUAAACCUGUUGGACUAUAACCUGGUGUCGUGUGAUCUCUGACCUUGUCCACCCCAGUCCAACACCGGCACCUCCACGUCAAGGCCAAGACAAGUAUUUUAAAUUUAAACAAGGACAAGGAAGAGGGUAUGAAAACUAAAGUAAACUGGGAAAUCGGGUUAAAGGACAGACCGAAAUAGAUACAGGCGCAGAUGAAGAAGAUUUCUUCACACCCAGCGAAGACACAUCGUGGUGAGAUUGAAAGACUCCAGGAGGAGGAAAAAUUUCUGGCAGUGGAAUGGGAUCAGUAUCAAUCCUUUUUCAGAGGGCCAGUACAUAUAUAAUGGGCUGAAUGGCCUCUCGGCAUCGCUGUUCCGCUUGUGACAGAGGUUCCCGAUCCCUGUCUACUCCGGCAGGUGGCGCUCCCCCGGAGAUCACGGGCCGAGUCUCUCGUCCUCCCCUCCAACUGGUGGCGCACUGCUGGGAGGUCUCAAGCCCUGUCUCCUUCCAUCCGAUUGGUGGCGCUCUCCCUCAGUGUCCCGGACCCUGUCUCUUCACCUCCCAUCCGAUUGGUGGCACUCUCGCCGGAGAUCCUGGCACCGCCCCCCCACCAAUCCACCGUUUGUCCUCCUCCCCAACAGCCGGUGGCGCUCUCGCCGGAGAUCCUAAACGCUGCGUCUCCUCUUCCUCCCCACCGCACGGUGGCGCUCUCGCCGGAGGUCCUGAUUCCAGUGUCUCCUCCUCCCUGCCGGGCCGUGGCGCUCUCGGCGGAGGUCCCGCGCCGCCCUCUCAUCGCUGUGCCGGGGGCGGCUGUCAGUGUUUAUUCCGGGCCAGCGCCGGGCCCUGAGCGGCAGGAUGUGGUUUCUCUACCUCCUGAGCUGGCUCUCGCUGCUGCUGCAGGUUGCCUUUGUCACGUUGGGGAUCGCUGCUGGCCUGUACUAUCUGGCAGAAUUAAUCGAAGAGUAUACAGUAAUUACCAGCCGCAUUAUCAAGUACAUGAUAUGGUUCUCCACCGCCGUGCUGGUUGGACUCUACCUCUUUGAGAAUUUUCCUGCAUUAAUGAUUGGAGUCGGACUUUUCACAAACCUCGUCUACUUUGGCCUCCUACAGACUUUUCCAUACAUAUUGCUCACAUCGCCCAAUUUUAUACUGUCCUGUGUGCUGCUGGUUUGUAACCAUUACUUGGCAUUUCAACACUUUGCAGAAGAAUACUAUCCCUUUGCUGAGGUACUGGCUUACUUCACACUGUGCCUGUGGAUAACCCCUUUCUCCUUCUUUGUGUCCCUUUCUGCUGGAGAGAAUGUCCUCCCAUCCACGAUUCAGCAGGGAGAUGACGUUGUGUCAAACUACUUCACAAAGGGAAAGAGGAGCAAGAGAUCAGGAAUCCUAGUGAUCUUCACCUUCAUCAAAGAGGCAAUCCUGCCCAGUCGACAGAAGAUUUACUGACUGUGUGUGUUCAUGAACUCUUGUCAAUGUGAUGGACGAGGUGCAGGAGGUUGGAGCUGAGAGACCAAGAGACUUACUGACCUGGAGAAUUAUGAGCUCCUGCUUUGGACUUUAAUUUGGGAUUUCUUUUGAUUUUUGUUUUUGUUCUUUAAAUGGUCCCUCCUCCGUGAAGGAAUAUUGGUUGAAGAUUUUAAAAGCGUUAUUUUUGCACAGAUUUUGGAAUUUCGAAGGACUUCAAACAAAAAAAAGCAAAUCUUGUUCCAUUUGGAGAGGACUUGAUUGAAGCUCCCAACAUGACGUAUUCGGUGUAAAUGUUGCCAUUUUCUAAUGGAGUUGAUGAUUACCGUACAUGGUCAUGAUGCUUCCAGUAAACCUUGUUCAGUUUCACACA